GGGCGGCGCUCGCGGCCGGACGCCGCCAACAUGUCGGACACCAAGGUAAAAGUUGCCGUCCGGGUCCGGCCCCUGAACCGGCGAGAACUGGAACUGAACACCAAGUGCGUGGUGGAGAUGGAAGGGAACCAGACGGUCCUGCACCCCCCUCCUUCCAACACCAAGCAGGGAGAAAGAAAACCUCCCAAGGUGUUUGCCUUUGAUUAUUGCUUUUGGUCCAUGGAUGAAUCAAACACGACAAAAUAUGCCGGUCAGGAAGUAGUUUUCAAGUGCCUUGGAGAAGGAAUUCUUGAGAAAGCCUUUCAGGGGUACAAUGCUUGUAUUUUUGCAUAUGGACAGACAGGUUCCGGAAAGUCCUUCUCCAUGAUGGGCCACGCUGAGCAGUUGGGUCUCAUUCCUAGGCUCUGCUGUGCUUUGUUUAAAAGGAUCUCUCUGGAGCAGAAUGAGUCCCAGACUUUUAAAGUUGAAGUAUCCUACAUGGAAAUUUAUAAUGAGAAGGUGCGGGAUCUCUUAGACCCCAAAGGGAGUAGACAGUCUCUUAAAGUUCGAGAGCAUAAGGUACUGGGGCCAUAUGUAGAUGGCUUGUCUCAAUUGGCUGUCACCAGUUUUGAGGAUAUUGAAUCACUGAUGUCUGAAGGAAAUAAGUCUAGGACUGUAGCUGCAACCAACAUGAAUGAAGAGAGCAGCCGCUCCCAUGCUGUGUUCAACAUCAUCAUCACACAGACACUGUAUGAUCUGCAGUCUGGGAACUCCGGGGAGAAAGUAAGCAAGGUCAGCCUAGUGGACCUGGCGGGCAGCGAGCGAGUAUCGAAAACGGGAGCAGCCGGCGAGCGGCUGAAAGAAGGAAGCAACAUUAACAAGUCACUUACCACCCUGGGCUUGGUCAUAUCAUCUCUGGCUGACCAAGCAGCUGGCAAGGGCAAGAACAAGUUUGUGCCUUACCGGGAUUCGGUCCUCACCUGGCUCCUGAAGGACAACUUAGGGGGCAACAGCCAGACCUCCAUGAUAGCCACCAUUAGCCCAGCAGCAGACAACUACGAGGAAACACUGUCCACGUUACGUUAUGCAGAUCGAGCCAAGAGGAUUGUCAACCAUGCUGUGGUGAACGAAGACCCCAACGCCAAAGUCAUCCGAGAACUGCGGGAGGAAGUGGAGAAACUGAGAGAGCAGCUCUCCCAGGCUGAGGCCAUGAAGGCCCCUGAGCUGAAGGAGAAGCUUGAAGAGUCUGAAAAGCUGAUAAAAGAACUAACAGUGACAUGGGAAGAGAAGCUGAGGAAAACAGAAGAGAUUGCACAGGAGAGACAGCGGCAGCUGGAGAGCAUGGGGAUCUCCCUGGAGACUUCUGGAAUCAAGGUGGGGGAUGACAAGUGCUACUUAGUCAACCUGAAUGCAGACCCCGCUCUCAACGAGCUUCUGGUUUACUAUUUGAAGGCUCACACCAGGGUGGGUGCAGACACCUCUCAGGACAUCCAGCUCUUUGGAAUAGGGAUUCAGCCUGAACACUGUGAGAUUGAUAUUGCAGGUGAUGGAGAUGUCACUCUUACUCCAAAAGAAAAUGCAAGGUCUUGUGUAAAUGGCACACUGGUCUGUAGUGCCACCCAGCUAUGGCAUGGUGACAGAAUCCUAUGGGGAAAUAACCACUUUUUUAGAAUUAAUUUACCUAAGAGGAAACGGCGAGACUGGCUGAAAGACCUUGAGAAAGAAACAAGUCCCGCAGAGCGUGAUGUGGACGCAGCCAGCGAGGCGUCCUCAGAACCAGACUAUAGCUAUGAGUUUGCACAGAUGGAAGUGAUCAUGAAGACACUGAACAGUAAUGACCCGGUUCAGAACGUGGUUCAGGUCCUGGAGAAGCAGUACUUGGAGGAAAAGAGGAGCGCCCUGGAGGAGCAGCGGCUCAUGUACGAGCGGGAGCUGGAGCAGCUCCGCCAGCAGCUGUCCCCCGAGCGGCAGCCCCAGAGCAGCGGCCCCGGCCACCUGGCCUGCAGCGCCCAGACAGCCCAGCAGAAGGUGACUCAGUGGGCCGAAGAAAGGGACGAACUCUUCCGGCAAAGCCUGGCCAAGCUCCGAGAGCAGCUGGUGAAGGCAAACACCCUGGUGAGGGAAGCGAACUUCUUAGCUGAGGAAAUGUGCAAGCUCACUGACUACCAAGUGACCCUUCAGAUCCCUGCUGCGAACCUCAGCGCCAACGGGAAGAGAGGAGCCAUAGUGAGUGAGCCAGCCAUCCAGGUGAGGAGGAAAGGGAAGAGCAUCCAAGUGUGGACCAUCGAGAAGCUGGAGAACAAACUAAUUGAUAUGAGAGAUCUAUACCAAGAAUGGAAGGAAAAUGUUCCUGAGGCAAAGAGGCUGUAUGGGAAACGAGGUGAUCCUUUCUAUGAAGCCCAAGAAAAUCACAACCUCAUAGGUGUGGCUAAUGUGUUCUUGGAAUGCCUCUUCUGUGAUGUGAAGCUUCAGUAUGCAGUGCCUAUCAUCAGCCAGCAGGGGGAGGUCGCCGGGCGUCUCCAUGUGGAAGUGAUGCGUGUCACAGGAGCUGUGCCAGAGCGUAUGGUAGAGGAUGAUUCUUCAGAGAACUCCAGUGAAAGUGGAAGCCUGGAAGUCGUGGACAGCAGUGGAGAAGUCGUUCACCGAGUGAGGAAGCUGACAUGCCGGGUCAAAAUUAAAGAGGCAACUGGGCUCCCCUUAAGCCUCUCAAAUUUCGUCUUCUGUCAGUAUACAUUCUGGGACCAGUGUGAGUCUACAGUGGCUGCCCCGGUGGUAGACCCAGACGUGCCCUCGCCUCAGUCCAAGGAUGCUCAGUACACGGUGACCUUCUCUCACUGUAAGGACUACGUGGUGAACGUCACAGAGGAGUUCUUGGAGUUCAUCUCAGAUGGAGCACUGGCGAUUGAAGUGUGGGGCCACAGGUGUGCUGGAAAUGGCAGCUCCAUCUGGGAGGUCGAUUCUCUUCAUGCGAAGACAAGAACGCUGCAUGACAGGUGGAACGAAGUAACUCGAAGAAUAGAAAUGUGGAUCUCCAUAUUAGAGCUGAACGAGUUAGGGGACUAUGCCGCGGUAGAGCUUCACCAGGCGAAAGAUGUCAACACAGGAGGCGUCUUUCAGCUCAGACAGGGUCAUUCUCGAAGAGUGCAAGUCACAGUGAAGCCUGUGCAGCAUUCAGGGACACUGCCGCUUAUGGUGGAGGCCAUCUUAUCGGUGUCCAUUGGCUGUGUGACGGCCAGGUCCACCAAACUGCAAAGAGGCCUGGACAGUUACCAGAGAGAGGAGGAGGAUGGUGAUGAUAUGGAUAGUUACCAGGAAGAAGACCUAAACUGUGUGAGAGAGAGGUGGUCCGACGCACUCAUUAAGCGGCGGGAGUACUUGGAUGAGCAGAUUAAGAAAGUCAACAACAAGAAAGAGAAAACAGAGGAGGAUGCAGAGCGGGAGGCCCGGCUGGUGGAGCAGUGGGUGGGACUGACAGAGGAGAGGAAUGCUGUGCUGGUGCCCGCCCCUGGCAGUGGGAUCCCCGGGGCACCUGCAGACUGGAUCCCUCCUCCUGGAAUGGAAACCCAUAUACCAGUUCUCUUCCUUGAUUUGAAUGCUGAUGACCUCAGUGCAAAUGAACAUCUGGUGGGCCCCCAUGCCUCAGGGGUGAACUCCAUCCUGCCCAAGGAGCACGGCAGCCAGUUUUUCUACCUGCCCAUCAUAAAGCACAGCGAUGAUGAGGUUUCAGCCACGGCCUCCUGGGACUCCUCAGUGCAUGACUCUGUUCACUUGAACCGGGUCACACCCCAGAAUGAAAGGAUCUACCUGAUCGUGAAGACCACGGUUCAGCUCAGUCACCCUGCGGCGAUGGAGUUAGUGUUACGGAAGCGGAUCGCAGCCAAUAUUUACAACAAGCAGAGUUUCACACAGAGUUUGAAGAGGAGAAUCUCAUUGAAAAGUAUAUUUUAUUCCUGUGGCGUAACCUAUGAGAUAGUCUCCAAUAUACCAAAGGCAACUGAAGAGAUUGAGGACCGUGAAACGCUGGCGCUCCUGGCCGCACGGAGUGAGAACGAGGGCACGUCGGACGGGGAGACGUACAUUGAGAAGUACACGCGGGGCGUGCUGCAGGUGGAGAACAUCCUGAGUCUCGAGCGGCUCCGGCAGGCUGUCACGGUCAGAGAAGCCCUUUCUGCCAAAGCCCGGCACAUUCGCAGAAGCCUCAGUACACCAAAUGUGCACAAUGUCUCUUCCAGUCGGCCAGACCUCUCUGGCUUUGAUGAAGAUGAUAAGGGAUGGCCAGAGAACCAGGUAGAUGUAACUGACUACAGCUCCAGUUACCAAGAUGUAGCAUGCUAUGGAACUCUACCCAGGGGUUCGCCGCGAAGGAGUAAGGAAGGUUGUACUGUGUCGGACAAUCCUCAUGCCUUAUCCGUCAGCCCUUUUAAAGCAUUCUCUCCUCAGCCACCAAAGUUUUUCAAACCCCUAAUGCCUGUCAAAGAGGAGCAUAAGAAAAGGACAGCUCUUGAAGCGCGACCUCUUCUAAGCCAAGAGAGCAUGCCUCCAUCUCAGGCACAUAACCCGGGCUGCAUUGUACCCCCCGGAAGCAAUGGCAGCCGCAUGCCAGUAGAGCACAGUAGCAAACGUGACAAGGAGAUUGAUUCGGAGGAGGAGGAGAAUGAGCUAGAAGCUAUUAACAGGAAGCUGAUGAGCUCACAGCCCUACAUACCUGUGGAGUUUGCUGACUUCAGUGUUUACAACGCCAGUCUAGAGAACAGGGAGUGGUUUUCUUCAAAAGCAGACCUGAGCAGCUCCCGGGCCUUGGAGAAAGAGGCGUCUCGCAGCCCUACCACCAGCAGUGUUACCAGUGGUUACUUUUCCCACAGUGCCUCCAACGCCACUCUGUCUGACAUGGCGGUCCCUUCCAGCGACAGCUCAGACCAGCUGGCCAUCCCAGCGAAGGAUGUGGACUGCAGUGAGCAUUCCGGACCGUCACUUCUACAUGAUCUCAGACCGCCCUCCAACAAAGAAUUGACAGAUACAGGAAGAGGCUUGGGAAAGGAUAAGAUAAUCAUGGUGCCACUCAAAGAAAACAGUGCCUUAUCCAAAGGGAGCCCAUCGUCCCACAGUGUCCCUGAGCAGAACUCUCGAAUGCCACACAGGACUGGCUCUUGUUCAGAACUGGAUGCCUGCUCCAGUAAAAAUGGCCAACUGGCCAAAGAAUUUUGCCCCAGGGAGGUAACAGUAGAGCACACCACAAACGUCGUGGAGGACCAUGCCUUCACAGAGUUCAUGGGUGUGUCUGACGGGAAAGAUUUUGAUGGUUUGACAGAUUCCUCUGCUGGAGAGCCCUCCAGUAAGAGAACCCUACCAAAUAAAAGGGACUGUAAGAACACCCCAGACGGGCCCCCAGGUGCUGACCAGCUGCAUUCCAGGCUAGAGAAAGACCAGGGAGCCCCAGCCCCACGGUGAGAGCUCCUGGAGCGUCACUGCCGGCCACAGCCCGGCAGCUCUGUUUACCUGAUGUCUUGAGAGCUCAUCCAUCUUGAGACACGCUGUGACCCAGCCUGCCCUCCAGCCGGCAUGGGGGAGCUGUGCUUCCCCACCCAGAUGGGACAAGCAGCACUUUGAGGCCUGAAUCACUGCCCCUUUUUCCAGAACGCAAGAGAACGGAAAUCGUGGCUUCACCAAGUGACAGUAUUUCUGUUUGCACUUACUACACAUCCCUGCUGUGUAGAGACCUCCACAGACUCAAACUCCGCUCUUGUACAUUUUUUAAUCAAUUCUUACUGUAGAAUCUGGAGUCAAUACCCAAUUUGUUUUUUAUAAAUAAUAUAUAUUGUGUAUAUGAACUGUGUAUCUAUAGCAUGUCUGUUCAGAGACAGACAAGGCUGCACACUAAAAUGCAGAUAAAAGUGACUUGUAGAAAAUCCUAAGGUACUGGACUGUGUUACAAAGCAACUUGGAUGAUUGUUUUUACAUGAGCGGAUGAAAAUAUGUUAUUGUGUAAGAAUGAGGUUGCAAGCCCCUCUUUAUAGACAAGGUUAUACCUGUUGUUCUUCAUAACCAAAGAACUUACACCACACUGAACAGUUUUGCUAUCCACUCUUGUUGUGUGUGAGCAUAUAUAUUUGACCACAAGUUUGGUGCCAUAUUCCCCUUGGCUACCAAGCCACUGCUCCGUUUCCUGUCCUGUUUUCUAAAGCACACUGAGAAAUUUCACAGCUACUUUCUAUGGUCUUCCACCUGGCCCCACUGCUGACUUGACACGUUAUACCCAUUGACAGUGGCGGGGCUCUGACUCCAGCCGGGCAUUCAGCCAGGCAGGUUCAAUGCAUAGAGCAGUAUUAUAAUAAGCAGACUCUAGCUGGUGGGUGCUGGGCACAGGGGUCUUGUUUGGGGGUCCUCUGGGUUUGUUUUGGAUUGAUAGAUUUUGUUUUGGUUUUGCUGUUGUUUUUAUUAUGAAAAAUGCUGACAAGAUGGACCGAGCUGUAAACAUAAAGUUCACAGGUCACCUUGUUUGCAGGGAAUAGUUAACUACAGACAAGUCUAUCUUCACUUGCAAAAUUCUAUAAGCAGAGACAUUGUAGAAUUAUAUGUAUGGGAGUUUUAUAAAAGGACUUUGUAUAGCUGUCCUGUAGAUGUCUGUACAAUUGACUGUGUACACAGCUCUGUGUGUUGUGAGAGAGAGAAUGUGAGCAGCCUGCUGUAUCUUUUUAAGUUCUUAGCAUCAGUAAGGAAGUCCAUUGGAGACUUUAUUGAGAAGCUGCUGUUUAUGAUUUGUAUGUAUAGUGAUCUGACUGUAGUGUUUUACUGUCUGUUUAAAAAAAAGAACUGUAAUUUAUAUCCUCUUUUGAACUUUAUUGUAUUUAAUUGGUACAGAUUUGUGUGUGUGUUUUAGAAUACAAACUGUUUAAUUCAGAUUUUAAUACAUCACUGUCUGUCUUUCA